GUAUCGUUUGUUCAUCCCUUUCCUCCACUCGUCCAUUUGGCUGGUCACUGCAAAAAUGGAAGCGAUUUUGAAAACAGCCGAGUCGCCGUUGGCUGUGUCUCCUCCCCUUGAAUCCAGCCCAGAACAAAAUUCCGAUACUUCGGUUGUAGCUGCAGACGACAUCUCGGAGAUAGCAUCAACUCCAUUGACAAGUGCGUCUCCUUCAGAAUUGGGCGACACAAAAGAGCGACAGCAUGACUUUACCUCGGACAGGAGUCCUAUUGAACAAUUGAAAGAGCUUUUCGAUGAGAAUAUCACCGCAAAGUUAUUACGGACUGCCACGACGCAUAUUGGCGCCUUACCCUUCGCCUUUCCGGAGUAUGUCCCUCAAGACGGGGAUGGAAGCUACACGCUGAGAGAAAGCGCUUUUUGGACAUUGGGUUUCUUUCCUGGUUCAUUGUAUGCAAUACUGGAAAGAUUGAUCAAGUUUCCACACACUUUCACAUCCCUUAAUUCUGCCGAAUCCAAAGAUCGCAUUGACAUACCCCAAUUACGGCAACAAUUCUCAUCAUUAUGCCGCACCUGGACCGAACCGCUGCAUGGAAUGGCCGACAGGACCGAUACUCAUGACAUUGGAUUCAUCGUCAUGCCUGCGCUGCGUGCGGACUGGGAAUGCACUGGGAAUCCUCGAAGCUUAGACUCAAUUAUUCGCGCGGCCGAUAGUCUGGCAAGCAGAUAUGUCCCAUCCGCCAAAGCUAUCAGGAGUUGGGACCUGCUUAAGAAGAAAGACAUUGAAAUCAUAGACCAGGAAGACAACAUGAUUGUCAUCAUCGAUAGUCUAUGUAAUCUUGAUCUUCUCUACUAUGCAUCCAAGCAUAAACCAAAUGGAAACUACCUCGCCGACAUGGCCACAGCCCACGCGAGAACACUUCUGCAGUCACACCUGAGACCGGAGGAUGCGUUGCCAACAUCGAAGGACGGGUAUAGAGGCCAAUGGUACUCUACUUGUCAUGUCGCUAACAUCGAUCCUAAAACAGGUGGUCUCAAAUGCCGGCUGACGGCUCAGGGCUAUGCGCAUGAGUCCACAUGGGCAAGAGGCCAGGCGUGGGGCAUUCUAGGAUAUGCGCAAACGUACAUGUCGACCCAAGACGCACAAUUCCUGCAUGCCGCCUGUGGUCUAGCCGAAUAUUUCUUGUAUCGAUUGGAAACUUCGCCGAGUGCUGUCGAGAUCACAGAUAUAUCUCCUGAUGGGACAACCACACGCCGGGGACGCUGUGUUCCUCUUUGGGAUUUCGAUGCACCCAUCGAAGAUCUUGAGAACCCUCUGAGGGACUCAUCUUCGGGCACCAUUGCAGCGAACGGAAUGCUCGUUCUUUCGCAAGCACUUACGUCGAUCUCGCAGCACCGGCUCGCCACCAGAUUCCGGGACGCAGCAUUGGCGAUCGUGGAGGAUACGCUCGCUUUUGCCCUCGCGCCCGAGCGCGCACGACUCGUUCAUGCACCAUAUCAUCAUAUUGGAGUCGAAGACGUGGUUCCGGAUGUAAAAUUCGAAGGACUGUUGAAAUUCGGCACAGCCAACAACAAUACCCAAGCCCGAAAGAGAUAUGCCAAUCACGGGUUGGUAUAUGGUGAUUAUUAUUUGGUGGAAUUCGGAAACCGUCUUUUGAGGAUGGGACUUAUCUAG